CAAAUUUACUCGUCUAGUGAUCGUCUACUGCAAGUCUAUAAGUAGUAACCCUCACAAGUUCACAUCAUAGUCCAGUCUAGCCAUAAAGAACACACUUGAUCACACAAUCACAAAAUGGCUUCUCAUGUGGCCUGCACUCUCUUCACCCUUCACUUCAUCCUAUUCUCCUACUUAUGCACAAUCACUUGUGGGGCUUUCUAUGAGGAAGAAACUGAAGCCAUAGCUAUCAAGCGCAUAGAAAAGACCACACACCUACAUUUCUACUUCCAUGACAUUGUUAGUGGAAAAAAUCCAACAGCUAUUAGAAUUGCCGGCCCGGAUAAUUAUGCCUUUGGUGGCACAAUGAUGGCGGAUGAUCCGUUGACGGAAGGGCUUGAAAUUUCUUCAAAGGCUGUUGGAAAAGCUCAAGGACUCUAUGCCCUCGCCUCGCAAAACGAUAUUUGUUUGCUAAUGGUUAUGAAUUUUGCUUUUACAGAAGGUAAAUAUAAUGGAAGUAGUAUUAGCAUCCUUGGAAGGAACCAAAUUCUAAAUGAUGUGAGGGAGAUGCCAAUCGUUGGAGGUAGUGGGCUAUUUAGGCUUGCUCAUGGCUAUGCAUUGGCACAUACAGUUUGGUUUGACAAGCAAGGUGAUGCUACUGUCGAAUAUAACGUGUAUGUGUCACACUACUGAAUACCCUUUUUCAUGAAUACGCAAUUUGCUCACUUUUUAUCCUCUGGGGUUAGCUGGAUUUGUUUGUAUUUGCAAGAUUUGUACUGUCUUAGUUACUGCUGAACGCUUAAGAUAUUUUUCUUUUAGCUCCAUGCUCCAAGUUAUUUGGAAACUGGUCAAGGAUGUGACCGAAAUCUUUCUGUGUGUCAAAAAGAAAUCGGUGUAAAACAAUCAAAAUUAGCUUCCAAAAGU